AUGGGCGGAGAGGACCAAAACAACUUUUCGACACACGAUAGUGGCCCCAUGCAGGAUGCGCCCCCGCUCGGCUCCAGCACCAUGCGCGAGGUGCAACAGCUCAGACCCGUACAAUUAUCAGAGCAGCCACAUGACUUAACCCCAUCCAUCACCAACGACCAGGUCAGCUCUUCAUCCCUGGAAUCGGGCCCGACCGUCGCCCUAAUUGAAGAAUGCGCAGUGGAAUACGGCGUCCCUGGCUGGGAGCGCCUCCUCACUGCCCAAAUUGCCGCGUGCUCCGGCAUGUCAACGUCUCGCAGCCGCAGAGCUGCCCCUUACUGCAACGCAACUGUUCCCGGCGGCGGCGACGGCGGCGCUUCUUUACCUUUCUCUUCCACCGAAACUCGCCUGCCUUCCUCAGCUCAGGCCAUCUUCCCAUUCGGCGACGCCACGCCCACACCGCCACCUUCUGCUAACGCCGACAGCAAUACACAAACCUUCUUCGUAGACAACUCCACGGUCCCAGGCUCAUUUUCUCGCCCUGCCAGAACGCCUUGCAGCAUGGCCGCCGCCGCCGCCACCACCGGCAGCAUCCCCGCCAUGCCCCCGCUAUCCAACCUUGUAAAGCCUCCUCCUUCUCUUCCCGCGGCUCAUUGCCGCAGCCGGCGGUCCUCAUUCCGCCAAGUGGUCCUCCCGAAGGAAUUAGUAAGCAAGGCAGCGGAGCAGGGCACCGACCUAAGGCUGGAUUUGCGGCGGGAUGUGGCGGUGGAUUGCAGUCGGACGCUGGGGUGGGGGCAGUUCGGGGCAGUGUACCCGGGCACCUUUCGUGGCGAGCCCGUGGCCAUAAAAUCCGUCCGGCACCUGCUUCGCGACGGCUGCACUAUCGACGACCUCGAAGUGUUUGUGCAGGAAAUCACGGUGCUCAGCAGCCUGCAUCACGACAACGUGGUGCGGCUCCUGGGCGGCUGCCUGCAACCUCCCGACAUUUGCCUCGUGGAGGAGCUGUGCGUCACCUCCCUGGACUUGGUGCUGCACAGCGGGGCAAAGUCUCCGCUGCCGCUGUUUCGCAUCUUGGAGAUUGCGCUGAAUGUUGCAUUAGGGCUGGAGUACCUGCACAGCCGCACGCCAGCUGUCGUGCACCGGGACUUGAAGCCCGCCAACAUUUUGUUGGACAAGAACGGCCGCGCGAAGAUCUCGGAUUUUGGACUGGCUAGGUGCAAGUAUUCGGCCUACCUAGAUACCAACCGCCCCGAAACCGGCUCGAUGGCGUACAUGGCGCCAGAGUGCUGGGACCCGCAUCUGGAUGGAGGUCUCAGUGAUAAGAUGGACAUCUUCAGCUUUGGCGUAGUCCUAUGGGAGCUGGUGGUUGGUGAGCGGCCUUGGGCAGGCUGCAAAAUGAGCGAGUUCGUGCACAAGGUAGUGACCCAGGGCGCCCGUCUGGAGGUACCCACAGAUGACAAUGUGUGCCCCUACGCGCUCCGCCGCCUCAUCUCCUCGUGUACCGAGAGACACCCCUCGGAGCGGCCCACCAUCCGCCACAUCACCAAUGAGCUCCCCGCCAAGGAGCGAUGCAGCGGCACUCGAUCCGUAUCCUAUCGGGUGCCCAGCGACGACGAAAGCGACAGUGAACCUGAAGUGACCAGCGCAGCCCACGCGGACACGUUGAGCAAACCCGAUGCUGUUGAGGAGCAGAGGCAACUCCUACAGCAACAGCUGCUGGCGUCUCUCGAGGCAAGUGCUUGGUUGCCCUAG